ACAAAUGCAUGCACAAGGCGUUUUGUGUACAAAGAGUGUUGGAAAAUCAAGGGCGGAGGGCGAAGAAACAACCAACACGCAUCCAAUUGGCAGCCCAGAUGAAGGUAAGGUACUGUGCCUAGACCGGCAGAAAGCUUCCAUCUAUGCUAUUUCUAGGGCUCCCCCGUGUCUAUGUAAAGCUAGAUCAUCCCCUGGAAGGAUCUGAUACCCAUCGAGCUGGGUCGCCCUUGUCUGUAACAGCACUGGACCAAGCUUGCUUGUGCUUGAAGCAUUAUUAUUAUUAUUACCCUAUUCUGCUUCUUCAGCUUGUUGCUCCCUCCCACGAAAGAGCGAGGGUUUGCAUUGCAUUGCAUUCUUUCUGACCUCAGUGCAAUCUUACCAGGUCCCCCGUUCUUUUCCCAGUUCCCCGUCCACUUCAUUCCUUACUUCGUCUCAUCUCAUCUCAUUUCAAUUGAUCGCUUUACUUUCUUACUUUCUCUCCCUUUGGCUGUUGUCGUCACCUGAACCCACCUUUCUUUCUUCCGUUCUCAAACGGCUUCGUUUCUAUUCUGCUUUCGUCCUGUCCUGUCCUGUCCUCGACUCGACUCGACUCGACUUCUCACGACCACCUUUCCGCGCUGGGCUCUUUCACUCUCUCAAGUGUCCCUCAUUAUCUCACCAUCUAGUCAUUCCUUGUGGUCAAUUCUUCGUAUUCUUCUUUCCUUACGUUACCUUAUUGUUCUUUUCCACCUUCCUUUCGAAUUGCUCACUCUGGGCUAAACCGACAACAACAAAUCCGCAACCUUCAUUCACUCGUAUUCUUCCCGGGGACCCUCCAUCCGCUGCAUCGAGUGCCACAUUGGACCAAGCCACUUCUGUUACAUUACACGACAUUGUCCGACUCGUCUCUCAUUUCUAUUUGAAGAUUUCUUUUCCGAUUCUCCUGAGGGAUUGUGCCUGGGUCUACCUGCGGCAUUUUAUCGUUCUUAUCGCAAAUUUGGAGCCACCAUUGUCACGAUCCAUCCCUGUGACCGCACCUGCCACCACUUCUCACACUCAGCUCUUUAUCCGGCCUGUUGUGAACUUCGGACUUGGUUCACCUCUGGCUACUAACGAUCUUUCAAAGUAGCGAGGUUUUAUCUCGCUGCAUACUUCCUCCGACAUGCGCUUCUCUCUUUCAACUCUCGUGGCGCUGGGCGCCUUACAGACUCUCGGUGUCUAUGCUCAGGACUGCGUCGUAAGUGACUAGCGCUUAAUCACUAUGCAUUCACUCGAAACAGGUGCUGAUGGCCUCCAGAACACAUGUGUUGAAUCAGUAAAGCCAACUGUGGGCUGCGCAGAUGCCACCCAGGCCGGUUGUAUUUGUGUCAGCCCCAGCUUUGUCAAGGGUGUGGCUGAGUGCGCAAGAGCGCCGUCAUGCAAUGCUGCAGACGCCGAUAUUACCAGCUUUUUGAGCAACGGGUUUUGUGUGGGUCAGCAACUCCCUGCCCUUCCAGAAGCUGCCGCAACGUCGGCUUCAGGCGCAGCGACAACAUCUGCAGCAGCUGUAGCAACUUCGUCCGAAGUAGCAGCAGCAACAUCGGAAACCCCUGCCGCGGCUGAUACCUCUGAUGCUGCAUCAAGCUCUGCUGCGCCCCCAGUAACUUCAGAGGCACCUGAAGCUACUUCGACUGAUGUUGUCGAUGCGACUUCCACGGCUGAAACUGCCGGUGCCGUCGAACCUACUGCCACUGGAUCUGAGGCCUCUGCUUCCUCCACCGAUGCCGACAGCUCAUCAACAGCUUCCGAGGCGGCUGGUGCUGCCGCUACCUCUGACUCUUCAGAUGACGACUCAGACAAGAAGGAAGAAUCUUCCAGCGGCAUGUCUGGUGCUGCGAAGGCCGGUGUUGGUAUUGGAGUUACUAUUGGUAUCCUCGCACUUCUCGGCAUCGCAGGUUUCUUCUUCUGGAAGAAGCGUCAAAACCAGCACGAUCUCCCUCGUGGAAACAUGGCAAGCAUGUCACCGCCUAUGGCUACCAGGGACCGCAGUUAUCCCUUGCCCGACCAAGGAUCGAUUGGCGAGAAGAAUGGAUAUGACCUUGAGCUAAUGUCCCAUCGAUAUGAGGAUAUGCUUCCUCGCGAGGAACCGCGACACAUGGUUUGAGCAAAGCUAGCUUGUGGGAGAUAUCGGCGUUUAAAACGGGGCAAAGCAGAAUCAAUAUAUGGCAGAUGACAAUCGCAUACGCACUCUAUUAAUCACUGCAUAGCACAUGUCUAAUUGUAGUCCAAUAUUAGCCACUCGGCAAGGCACCAGCACAUACCGCUUUAUGAAACAGUAUGGUUUUACCAGCGAAGGGCGGACGUUGAUGGAUUUGUUAAUCAUGAGUGGCAACAAGAUUUGAACCAACUCGACGUCAGACGAUUAUUUUAUGAACAUAAGGCCAGAGCCAAUAUACCACAGCAAAGUAUAUCGAGUUAGCACUGGAGUGUAAACGUCAAUCUCAGUCAAGUGUACAUCCCAUUCACUGUACAUAUCUUACAAGUUUCUAUGAGAAAUUACAUGGUGGCCUC